ACAGAAAAGUCAAACAGUUUUCGUUUAAACAACAAUCUGCAACAUGAAGGCUUUCUUUGCUCUGGUGAUCCUGGCCUGUGCCGCCGCUCCUGCCCUGUCGGGACGCACCAUGGACCGCUGCUCCCUGGCCAGGGAGAUGUCCAACCUGGGCGUUCCCCGUGACCAGCUGGACAAGUGGACCUGCAUUGCCCAGCACGAGAGCGACUACCGCACCUGGGUGGUGGGACCGGCCAACUCUGAUGGCUCCAACGACUACGGAAUCUUCCAGAUCAACGAUCUGUACUGGUGCCAGGCCGAUGGACGCUUCUCCUACAACGAGUGCGGCCUCAGCUGCAAUGCCCUGUUGACCGAUGACAUCACCAACUCCGUCCGUUGCGCCCAGAAGGUUCUCUCCCAGCAGGGAUGGGGCGCCUGGGCCGUCUGGCACUACUGCAGCGGCUGGUUGCCAUCCAUCGAUGAGUGCUUCUAAGCAGGAGGCCUCGAUGAACAACUCUUUGAAAUAAAAGGAAAAUAGCACUUGAAAA